CAAAAGUGACAGCUCAGCAGGCAGCAAAAGAAAAAGACACGACAAUCUUCCAAAAAUCCCAAGAACUGCUUUCGUUUUUCGAGGAAGAAAAAUCUAAUUUGUGCCACAGGACCUCCUCGACGGCAUCAUGCAUGGUCGGAAACGAUAGUCGUGAGGCGCGCUCUAUUUUGGCUCGGAAAUUUGCCAACCAAACUAUUAGACUACUAGAAGCAAGGUCAUCAGCAGCGGCAAUUUGGCAAUUUUCGUCGACCACCCUCCCCAAGUUCAGCCUAGUCUAGAUGAAAAGUUACGCCUACAGCAAGGUCAGCCAGCGAGAUACGGAAAGCUUCGCGGCCAGCAGCAACGCCAACGGCAACGGAUCGACCGUCAUCGAAACCGGAAUGUAUCUCAGAGAUUGGCGCCAGGCGUUGCGGACUCCGCCGUCCUAUCGGCUGGGUAAUCGCACGAUCCGGCUGCAGGUUUCGAUGGUUUGGCCACUGGCCGUGUUGGGACUGGUUGUGCUGUUUCUGAUCUAUGUCGUGAGUAGGUCAGCGUUCGCCGUUGGUGGACCUUCCGGGAGCAGUUUGGACCGAAGUUCGUUGAUUAUGUACAAUCACACGUACCCGCUGAGCAGUCCUAUCAUUAGCAACGGGAUUUACUCGUUCCGGAUAGCGGUAAUAGCGGAUUUGGAUACGAAUUCGAGGGUGAAGGGUAAGGACACUUGGAGCAGUUACCUGUUGAAGGGGUACUUGAGCUUCAUUCCGGCCAAGGGGACGAUCACGGUGUCGUGGGACGAUGUGGGACCGAAGCAGCUCAAGUCGAGCUUUUCGUUGAAGGGCCGAGGGAUGGAACUCUCGGAGUUGGUAGUGUUCAACGGCAGACUGCUCACGUUUGACGACCGUACCGGGUUGGUGUACGCGAUCGAGCAUGACAACGUGUACCCGUGGCUGCUGCUGAUGGACGGCGACGGGAAGGCGGCCAGCAAGGGCUUCAAAUCGGAGUGGGCCACUGUCAAAGACCAGGUUCUGUACGUCGGUUCCAUGGGCAAGGAAUGGACCACGUCGGCUGGAGACUUUGAAAACAACAAUCCCAUGUACGUGAAGGCCAUCACCGUGCACGGCGAGGUUUACCACCUGAACUGGGAGACCAACUUCAAGGCCUUGCGCAGCUCAAUCGGAAUCGAGUGGCCCGGUUACAUGAUCCACGAGUCGGGCGAGUGGUCCAGCGAGCUGAAACGAUGGGUCUUUCUACCCCGACGAUGCUCCAAAGACCGCUACAACGAAACCCGGGACGAGCACAUGGGCUGCAAAUAUCUCCUCCUCGCAGACGAAUCCUUUCACUCGGUCAAGUCAGUCGAGUUGAAGCUGGACAACGUUCCGGCAACGCACGGCUUUUCGAGCUUCAAGUUCCUGCCCAGCACCGACGAUCAGAUCAUCGUCGCCCUCUCGACGGAGGAACUGAACGGGCGGACGUCCAGCUACAUCAGCGCGUUCCGGAUCUCCGGCGAGGUGGUGAUGCCCGAAACGCGAAUACCCACGAGCUACAAGUUUGAGGGGUUAGAAUUUAUCUAGAAAAAUAUCCAAAGUCGGACUGAAACAUUAGCAGAGUUAAAAAGGGGGUGUGUAAAUAGUUAGAGGGACAAAGUAUUACACAAAACGAGCGAAAAUUCAGUUCCACCUAGCAGUGUGUAUUGCCAUAGUUGUUGGUUGAGUCUACGUUUUCAUCACAAAUUAAUAAACAAAGUUUAUCAAGAACACUAGCAAAAUGGCGCAGUUUAAAUAGUUUUGAUUCUUUUUUUUUGUCUUCAGCCUCAAAAGAUUUAAUUUAUAACAAGUCAACAACGAUUCAUGUUAAUUUGUCUGUAAUGUGAUAUUAAUUACUAUAUCUGAAAGGAAUAAACCUGUAUACUAAA